AUGGAGCGGCAAAACGAACGCGAGAGGAAGCGCAAGAAGAGGGAAGAGCUCACUCGCGUUGCCACUCUCGUUGAGGGCGCCUUCAAGCGAGAUCCGCGCAUCAAGCGACACAAGUUGGCGGAGAAGGAGGCCAAGAAGCGUGUCAAGCAGGAAAAGAUCGACGCCAUCAAGAGGGUGCGGGAGGAGCAAGAGCGAAAGGAAGCCGAGGAGCGAGAAGCCAAGGAGAGGGAAGCCAAGUCCAAGGCCGAAGAGGAAACGAAGGAGAGGCAGAGGAAGGCGAACGCUCUUCGCGACGCGAGGGCCAAGCUGAGGAAGUUUUGCAGGAGCGCCAAGGACCUCAAGGCGCCCACCAGCGAUGUGGAGCUCAUGUGCAGCAACCUGCCCGUCGAGCGUCUCAAGGCCCUCAUCGAGGCCAUCAAGACCAACCAGAACGCGCAGGACGCCUUCGACGCCGAAGUGCGUUUCCUCAAACCCAACCACGUCCCCGUCGAGGAGAAGCAGAAGCAGAAGGAAGAGGACGAGCAGCAGCUCAAGGCCGCCACGGAGGAGAAGAAGGCCAAGGCCGCCAUUCCGUACCCCGGCGGCAGCCCCAACAGGUGGCGAAUGAUCGCCGACCUCGUCAACUCCAAGGCGGACCGAGCCAACGGCGGCAAGUCCAGGUCUGUGCAGGAGAUCAUCGCCAAGGUGGGCGAGAUCAAGGUCGUGGCCGAGAAGAGCGCCCUGCCCGGCGUGCAGAUCGAGGAUCACAAGCACAAGGGAAAGUUGAACGCGGGCGGACCCAUCGGCGGCAUUUCGCUGCGCACGCAGAUCCCCGACCUCGCGCCGGUGGUGGAGGAGAGCAACGGAACCGCACCCCACCAGGCCAACGGCAAGAAGCAGCCCCAGCAGGGCGAAAAGAAGAAGGCCGCCGCUGCCCCUUCGCCCUCUACCACCACGACCGCCACCUCCGAAUCCACGGCCGAGAAGGAAUCUGCCUCGACAGCGUCGCCAGCGGAGUGGUCGCAGGAGGAGCAGAAGGCUCUCGAGGCUGCCCUGAAGAAGUUCCCGGCCUCCCUUGGCGUUUCGCGCUGGGACUCGAUCUCUGCGGCCGUCGCCGGCAAGACCAAGAAGGACUGCGUCGAGCGUUACAAGUUCAUCGUGGCUCAGCUCCGUGGCAAGAGCAACAAGUGA